AUGCCUCCCAAAGUCGCAAAGGGCGAGUACAUCGAGACAGACACGGGUAACAAGAUCUCGCGCCGCUCCCAAAUCCACGGCACACAACAUAUCAUUCUAGGCGGCAAAACAGUCAUUCAAGCCGAAGCCGUUAUCCGUGGCGACUUAUACCGAAUCCCAUCUUCUGCCGCUUCCACAGACCCUAGUAACCCCCCACCAUCCAAUGCUCCCAGUGUCGCCAUCACAGUCGGUCGAUACAGCUACAUCUCCAAGAGUGCGAUCCUACGUCCACCGAGCAGAUUACAUCGUGGUGUGCACUCCUUUUACCCGCUGAAGAUUGGUGACCACGUUUUCGUUGGAGAGUCGGCUGUUGUUGAGGCUGCUUCGCUUGGGAAUCAUGUUCAUGUUGGUGCAGGCGCGACGGUUGGCAGUAUGGCUAUCAUAAAGGAUUUUUCGGUCGUCUUGGAAGGAGCGGUUGUUCCGCCUGGUAUGGUUGUGCCGAGUUGGUGUGUUGUUGGGGGUAGGCCUGCUCGUAUUGUUGGGGAGGUUGGUGAGGGAUAUGGGGUUGAAGGUGCGGAGGGUGGUUUGGCGAGGGAGCGAUAUAGGGUUGUUGGAAGGCCCUAG